ACGAUCAGGUAUGCACAGUUUAAUCUGGUGUCUUUUAAAAUUGGCUUUAAUAUUAAGUAAGACGCGAUAAAUAAUAGUUUACAAAAAGUAAGUAUGACGGGGAAAUGUCUGUAAGCUUAAACUCGGGGCAAAGCAAAAAUCAACACUCGCAAAAGGCAAAAGGGCGAUUUAAGUGACUGUUUUCCAUAAGUUUCAAAAAGUGUUUCGCUAAUGAAACCUGUAUUAAAAGGCUCGGGUUGAGACUGGUUAACGGUCCACGGCGCUUUGAUGACAUGAGGACACUGAAGAGGUUUAACUGUGUGUUUGGCGUCCUGCAGCGCGCGUGGACUCCCAGAGGAGGAAGUUACAGGAGGUUGUGCACGCUGCAAGUCUGUCAGCCACUCCCGAUCCGGAUCAACGUGUCCCCACUGUGUGCACUCUCGGUGCGCAGGUCCAGCAGCUCGUCUGGGCCGUGGAACGGCUCCACCGGAGAGGAUGAAGACUUCAUGGAGGACAGCGAGGCGGAGGACCUAUUCCAGAAGCAGGUCCCAACAUCCACCCAGCAGGGUCCACACAGGGUCUUCAUCGUCCACCCUGAUGUCAAGUGGGGACCCAAGAAGCAGCACCUGACCACAGCUGAGCUGAUGCUGGCAGAGGCCGAGGGGCUGGUCAACACCCUGGACAGCUGGAGAGUCGUCGACAAGAUGAUCCUCUCCACCAAGACUCCGGACAAGAAGAUGAUAUUUGGCAAAGGCAAUUUUGAGAUCCUCACAGAGAGAAUAAAACGAACACCAGGAGUUACAGCUGUGUUUGUUAAUGUAGAGCAUCUGUCUGCUUUGUCAGAGAGGGAGCUUGAGGAAGCCUGGGGUGUAAAAGUCUUUGACAGAUACUCAUUGGUGCACCAUAUCUUCCGCUGCAAUGCCAAAACUAAAGAAGCCAAGCUACAGAUCUCUCUGGCAGAGAUCCCCUUGCUGAGGUCUCGUCUGAAGCAUGAAAUUGUAAAUUUGGAUCAGCAGCAUGGAGGAUCCAGAUAUAUCGGUGGCACAGGCGAGACGCUGCUGGAGCUCCGGCACAGGCUGCUGAAGGAGCGGGAAAUGAAGAUUCGUGCUGCACUGGAGCGGCUCCGGAAAAAGAGAUACCUGCUGCGAUCUCGGCGCACACACAUGGACUUCCCCACCAUCUCUGUGAUUGGAUACACCAAUUGUGGAAAAACUACUCUGAUCAAAGCACUGACUGGUGAUAGUGGUCUGCAGCCCAAGGAUCAGAUGUUUGCAACCCUGGACGUCACCGUCCAUGCAGGCCAGCUGCCCAGUCAUAUGACUGUGCUGUAUGUGGACACUAUCGGCUUCCUGUCCCAGUUACCCCACCGGCUCAUUGACUCCUUCUCUGCUACGCUGGAAGACAUAAAGCACUCUCAUCUCUUGAUUCACGUCAGAGACAUCAGUCACCCAGAGACGGUCAAUCAGAAGGUGAAUGUGCUAAAUGUCCUGAAGAAUCUUCAAAUCCCCGAUCGGCUUAUGAACUCCAUGAUUGAAGUCCACAAUAAAAUCGACUGCGUUCCAAAUUAUGAACUUGCAGAGCCCGAGGCGCUGCCUGUGUCCGCCUUAGAAGAACGAGGCCUCGAAGAGCUGAAGAAGGUGGUGGAAGAGCGGAUCAUAACGCUACAAAGAUUACUUCUAAACAUCAAAGUUGACCUGAGCAGUAAUCAGUUAAGCUGGCUGUACAAGGGGACCGUUCAGGACGUGCAAGUGAUGGCAGAGGAUAGCUCAGCCGUCUCCGUGUCAUCAUCAACCGCUGCUUACGGACGCUACAAGAAACUGUUCAGGAUACUAUAA